AUGAAAUCCAGCCGUAGCUAUUCAGACACUGGCGCCGAGUUCGACCGUCUGAAAAUCAUCAGGGAGGUUACUCUCAGUGCAGAAUUGGUGGCAUUUGUUGAAAAGGCCCAUUCGUCGCUUCAGUCACGAGGACGUUUCAAGAAACGGGAUUGCCACAAGAGGUCUCUCCUACAUUAUGCUGCCAUGGGGAACUGCACAAAUCUCCUUCUAUAUCUCCUACAGAGUAAGCCAGAUGUGGAUUCCCGUGACCAGUGGGGGCGGACACCACUCUCCUGGGCUGCUGAGUACGGGUCAUUGGCUGUUGCAAAAAUCCUACUCGCGCAAGGAGCAAACAUCAAUGCAUUGGAUUAUGAGAGU